UCCGGAUAGACGCGAUCAAUGGAGACGGCGUUGGCCCAGACGAGCGACCACGGCGUCGCCGAGACCGCGUUCGAUGCCAUCCACUGCAAGAUGUCGGCCGUCAAGCAAGGCUACUUUUCAGAUGACUUUGUUGGCCUCUUUGGCCGCAAGCCCACGCGCCGCAUUCCUCUCAUCCAUCGCGGCUACUACCUCCGGCACGUCGCUGUCGAGGCGGCGGUGAGCCUCUUCCUGUCGCAGCGAGCAACGUCGACGACGCCAGUCCAGAUCCUCUCGCUGGGCGCUGGCUUGGACACGCUCUUCUUUCGCCUCCAACAGCAGCAUGUAGCCCACAUCUCCAUGUACGAGGUCGACUGCAGUGCCAUUACGGACCACAAGAUCGACGUGAUGACGGCCAAGAUGGACCACCUUUUCGGCAAAACCUUUACACCAACAACCUCGGCCCAUACGCUGGUGGCAACGUCGCCUACGGCCAAGUACGUUGCUCUUGCGUGCGACCUCGGCGACACGACGGCGCUCACUGCGCGCUUGACGGCGCACGGCUUGGAUCCCUCGCAGCCAACGCUAGUGCUCGCCGAGUGUGUGCUGGCGUACUUAGCACCAACUGCGCGGUCGGCGCUACUGGAGUGGGCAUCGACGCUCCUCUAUGACGGGCUUUUCGUCGGCUACGACCCGAUUGGGCUCCCAACUGCGUUUGGGCGUCAAAUGUACGGGUAUUUCGCGGCGAAAGGCUGCGACUUGCGCUCGGCCAAGGCGCUGCCCAGCGUCGACGACCAAGCGACGCACUUUGCGGUCCACGGAUGGCCGAAUGUCCGGCUCUACAAUAUGAAUGCCGUCUACCGCCAACUUGUCGAUGCGACCGAGCGCCAGCGGAUCGAGGCACUCGAGCCGUUCGACGAGUACGACGACUGGAUCACGUGCAACCACCACUAUGGCCUGACGCUCGCGUGCACGGGCGCCAUGGACGGCGGCUCGGUCUGCGCCAAGGCACUUGGUCGCUGGCCCCGCCUGACGACGCACCUCCAUGACGCGGCGAUGCUCGAUACGUACACCAACGGCGUCACGAUCCGCCCGUUCCGGCCCUCGGACCAGGACGCGGUGCGGACCAUUUUCGAGUCGACGCUCGACGAAUACGACCACAAGUCGGUGCGCAAGCUCGUGGCGCAUCAGCUCAACACGGAGCUCGCCGACGUCGCAGCAUCGUACCUCGCACCUGCCAAGACGUGCUUCUGGGUGGCUGAGCGCGGGAUCGAGUUCCUUGGCUGCGUCGGCGUCAAGCCUUUCAAGGACGACAGCAUCGCCGAGCUCGUCCGUCUCCGCGUCGCCACGCGUGCGCGCCGCCUUGGCGUCGCCUCGCGGCUCGUGGCCACGCUCGAAUACUUUUGCCGCGACGUUGGGUACCGUGCCGUGUACCUUGAGACGCUCGAAGCGAUGGAGGCCGCACAGGCCUUCUACCUGCGCCUGGGCUACACGCAUCUGGGGUCGGUUCGCGUGGGGAAGCCGCCCUCAGACUUUGGCCUCGAAAAGUUUCAGCGCGACCUGUAGAGCGUGCAGAAAAGAGAGGAUAAACUUGCUAUUCGAGAGGCUUAAAGUCAAAAAGGGCGUUUGUCGGACCAU